AUGGACGUGGCCGUCCGUGGCGGCGGUCCCCGCGCGGUGACGUGGUGGCGGCAAGGUCAGACCUGCCCCGACCUCAGCUGCCCUUCUUGCCCAGCCUGUCCCGAGGCCGCGUCCUGCCCAGAUGCCGUGCCGUGCCCAGCGUGCGAAUGCCCUUCCUUCGAGGUGGCGGCUUGUGUGGCCGAGCGCUCGGUGGGCGGGCAGGCGGUUGACAAGCUGCUCAGCGCGUUCCUCGGCGGCUUGGUGCACUGGCUGGUGGCGAAGGUGGUGAACAGGCUCCAUGACGUCGGUCACCGCGUGGCUCCGCGGCGCCGCGGGGCAGCCCACGAGCGCGUGCUAUUUCACCCUGUCGGUGGCGGAGUGUGGGUCGUGGUGCUGACUCCCGAUGGGGACAUCUACCCGGAGGACCUCAGCGGCGCUGAACCUGAGAUUGGGCUGGUGAAGGCCUUCCCGCUGGCCAUGAGGACCCGCAAGAUGCGGUCGCUGCACCCGUUCAAGGAGGCGCUUGGACCAGACGAGCUGGCGGACGCCCUCCAGAAGGGUCGGCGGGCGGCGCGCGAGGAGAACGCCGAGCUGGCAGAGCCCGCGGACGCCGUCGCCUCGGACGGCGAGGCGGUCCCCUGGGGCGACGCGGCUGGCUCGCCGACGGCCCUGGACCACGCGGAACUGCUGCGCCUCGUCCAGGCGGCGUCGAGAAUGGGAGGUAGGCCGCUGGCCCCCGCGGGCCCUGGCGAGAUGUGGCUGGCCCUCAGCGGGGGCCCAGGCGUGGCGAUCGGCAGCGAGGCCGACGCGACCGGCGCCAUCGGAGUCUCUUUCGAGAGCGGCCCGUAG